AUGAAACUUGGGCCAAGUUUGAGGGCAGUGCGAAGUUUAAGGCUGCUUGCAACAAUAAGCAAUGGUCUCAUUUCUGCUCAAGAAAAGUACUUGAAAUUGCCUAUGCUCGGAUCCAGGCUAGGCAAAGAUGAGUUGGUGAAACAUUUCAAAGAAAUGACGUAUGCGAUUGAGGAAUACAGUGCGGUCUGUUUCAACCCAGCUCGUAGCGGAUCGAAGACCACGGUUGAAACCGUCAUGGUCGGUAAUUGCACCCAACGAAUGAUAUCGGCUUAG